UCCCCUCUGCCCGAGGGAAAAGCUCGGAGGCCAGGUUUUAUCAAACAGCAGCAUGGAGCCUUGUUCCUGUGACACCUUCGUGGCAUUACCUCCAGCAACAGUUGAUAGCAGCAUUAUUUUUGGAAAAAAUUCAGAUAGACUCUGUGAUGAAGUACAGGAGGUUGUUUAUUUUCCUGCUGCAGUUCAUAAUAACGUGGGAGAGCGUCUGAAGUGUACGUAUAUAGAAAUUGACCAGGUUCCUGAGACAUGUGCGGUUGUGCUUAGUCGGCCAGCAUGGUUGUGGGGGGCAGAAAUGGGAGCCAAUGAGCAUGGAGUGUGCAUUGGGAAUGAAGCUGUCUGGGGAAAAGAAGAAGUCUGUGAUGAAGAAGCACUGCUGGGCAUGGACCUUGUCAGGCUUGGCCUCGAAAGAGCUGAUACAGCCGAAAAAGCCGUCAAUGUCAUUGUUGAUUUAUUAGAAAAAUACGGCCAGGGUGGAAAUUGUACGGAGGGUAGUAUGGAAUUUAGUUAUCACAACAGUUUCCUGAUAGCUGAUAGAAAAGAAGCCUGGAUUGUGGAGACCGCAGGGAAGUACUGGGCAGCGGAGAAAGUACAAGAGGGAGUUCGUAAUAUUUCUAACCAGCUUUCUAUAACAACCAAGAUUGACCGGGAGCAUCAGGACAUGAGAAACUAUGCUAAGCAGAAAGGCUGGUGGGAUGGUAAAAAGGAGUUUGAUUUUGCUGCAACCUACUCCUAUCUUGACACAGCCAAGAUGCUGACUUCAUCAGACAGAUACUGUGAGGGCUAUAAGCUUCUGAAUAAACAUAAAGGAAGCAUAACUUUUGAAGCAAUGAUGGAAAUCCUUCGCGAUAAACCAAGUGGCAUUAAUAUGGAAGGACAAUUCAUGACCACUGCGAGCAUGGUUUCCAUUUUACCGCAAGACACCAGUCUUCCAUGCAUUCACUUCUUUACAGGAACCCCAGACCCUGCAAGAUCUAUUUUUAAGCCUUUCAUAUUUGUGCCAAAUAUAUCACAACUAUUAGAUACCAGUUCACCAACGUUUGAACUUGAUGAUCCAGUUAAAAAGUCACAUUUGAGAAUUAGGCCUGACAGAAGACACCGACUCUACCGAAAACAUCAACAGGCAUUGGAAGCAAUAGGUGAAGAUACGGAAAAAGCCAAGGUGCUGCUGGAUGGAAUAAAGAAACUGGAGAAAGGACUGUUCAAAGAGAUGGAAUCAAUCCUUCAAAGUAGACAUAUUUCAGUGGAUAAAGUGAUAAAUCUCUAUUCGCAGUGUACAAAAGAUGAAAUUAGAAUUUAUACAACAAAUAUUAAUUCUCAGUGAUCAUAUAAGUGACCACUUCAUCCUCAAAGCUAAACUUUUUUGUUUUGUGUGUGCCUAGUUUGUAAACCUAGUGUAGGAGCUCUGAUGACUAUUAGAACUGAGGUGAGAUCUGCACCAUUAACCCGGGAAAGAGGCAGCAUUGGAAUUAGACACACAGAUUCUAUAUUCUUAGCCAUAAUAACUAAUGUUGUCCCAAUAAUUACAUAUUCAAGGUAUAUAGCAUGAAGCAUUACAAUGAUAUAUGUAUUUAUGUUUAAUUUUAAAUAUAUAAUACCCUCAAAUAAAUAUUACCACUACAUCAAAGAAAACACCAGAUUCUGAAUGUAAUGGAAUAUAUUAUCUCAAAUGCUGACUUGUGCUUUAGCCAGCUCUAACAAGAACAUGUUCUGGACUUAGCGUUCUGUCUGUUAACCAAACACAAGUCUGAUUACAGUUACUGACUCAUAGA